UAGAAGGAGCAGUAGCAGCAGCAGCAGGAGAAGAUGCUGAGGAUGCGGACCGCGGGAUGGGCGCGCGGCUGGUGCCUGGGUUGCUGUCUCCUCUUGCCGCUCUCGCUCAGCCUGGCGGCCGCCAAACAACUCCUCCGAUAUCGACUGGCCGAGGAGGGCCCAGCGGACAUCCGCAUCGGCAACGUCGCCUCGGACCUGGGCAUCGUGACCGGCUCGGGUGAGGUGACUUUCAGCCUCGAGUCGGGCUCGGAGUACCUGAAGAUCGACAACCUCACCGGCGAGCUGAGCACGAGCGAGCGGCGCAUCGACCGCGAGAAGCUGCCCCAGUGUCAGAUGAUCUUCGACGAGAACGAGUGUUUUCUGGACUUCGAAGUGUCGGUGAUCGGGCCCUCGCAGAGCUGGGUGGACCUGUUCGAGGGUCGGGUCAUCGUACUCGAUAUUAACGACAACACACCCACCUUCCCGUCACCGGUGCUCACGCUCACGGUGGAGGAGAACCGGCCGGUGGGCACUCUGUACUUGCUACCCACCGCCACCGACCGUGACUUUGGCCGCAACGGCAUCGAACGCUACGAGCUGCUCCAGGAGCCCGGGGGCGGUGGCGGCAGCGGCAGCGGCGAGGGCCGGCUUGCGGGGCCUGCCGACAGCGCCCCCUACUCCGGGGGCGGCGGGAACGGCGCGAGCGGCGGCGGCCCGGGCGGCUCCAAGAGGCGGCCGGACGCACCAGAGGGCAGCGGCGGGACCAACCCAGGUGGCCGCAGCGGCGUGUUCGAACUGCAGGUGGCCGACACCCCGGAUGGCGAGAAGCAGCCACAGCUGAUCGUGAAGGGGGCGCUGGACCGGGAACAGCGCGACUCCUACGAGCUGACCCUGCGGGUGCGCGACGGUGGCGACCCGCCUCGCUCCUCUCAGGCCAUCCUGAGGGUGCUCAUCACCGACGUGAACGACAACAGCCCCCGCUUCGAGAAGAGCGUGUACGAAGCUGACCUAGCCGAGAAUAGCGCCCCAGGGACUCCCAUUCUGCAGCUGCGUGCCGCCGACCUGGACGUGGGGGUCAACGGACAGAUCGAGUAUGUGUUCGGAGCGGCUACAGAAUCCGUGCGGCGGCUGCUGCGCCUCGACGAGACGUCCGGCUGGCUCAGUGUCCUGCACCGCAUCGACCGCGAGGAGGUGAACCAGCUGCGCUUCACAGUCAUGGCCCGCGACCGCGGGCAGCCCCCCAAGACCGACAAGGCCACGGUGGUCCUCAACAUCAAGGACGAGAACGACAAUGUGCCGUCCAUUGAAAUCCGCAAGAUUGGGCGUAUCCCACUCAAGGACGGGGUGGCCAACGUGGCCGAGGAUGUUCUGGUCGACACCCCCAUUGCUCUCGUACAGGUGUCCGACCGAGACCAAGGCGAGAACGGGGUAGUCACCUGCACCGUGGUGGGUGACGUGCCCUUCCAGCUCAAGCCAGCCAGCGACACAGAGGGCGACCAGAACAAGAAAAAGUACUUUCUGCACACAUCGGCCCCUUUGGACUAUGAGACCACCCGGGAAUUCAACGUGGUCAUAGUGGCGGUGGACUCGGGCAGCCCCAGCCUCUCCAGCAACAACUCCCUGGUUGUCAAGGUAGGAGACACCAACGACAACCCGCCCGUCUUCGGCCAGUCGGUGGUGGAGGUUUACUUUCCAGAGAACAACAUCCCUGGAGAGAGGGUGGCCACGGUGCUGGCGACAGACGCUGACAGUGGGAAAAACGCAGAGAUUGCCUACUCUCUGGAUUCUUCCGUGUUGGGGAUCUUUGCCAUUGAUCCUGAUUCUGGGGACAUCCUUGUCAAUACGGUGUUGGACCGCGAGCAGACAGACAGGUAUGAGUUUAAAGUUAACGCCAAAGACAAAGGCAUCCCGGUGCUGCAGGGCAGUACCACGGUGAUUGUGCAGGUGGCUGACAAGAAUGACAAUGACCCUAAGUUUAUGCAGGACGUUUUUACCUUUUAUGUGAAAGAAAACUUGCAGCCCAACAGCCCUGUGGGGAUGGUCACGGUGAUGGAUGCCGACAAGGGGCGCAAUGCGGAGAUGAGCCUCUACAUAGAGGAAAACAGUAACAUUUUUUCCAUUGAAAAUGACACGGGGACCAUUUACUCCACAAUGUCUUUUGACCGGGAACAUCAGACCACAUACACAUUCAGAGUUAAGGCUGUGGAUGGGGGAGAUCCUCCCAGAUCAGCCACAGCCACAGUCUCUCUCUUUGUGAUGGAUGAGAAUGAUAAUGCUCCCACAGUUACCCUUCCCAGAAACAUUUCCUACACUUUACUGCCACCUUCAAGUAAUGUCAGGACAGUAGUAGCUACAGUGUUGGCAACAGACAGUGACGAUGGCAUCAAUGCAGACCUUAACUACAGUAUUGUGGGAGGGAAUCCCUUCAAGCUGUUUGAGAUUGAUUCCACCAGUGGUGUGGUUUCCUUAGUGGGAAAACUCACCCAAAAGCAUUAUGGCUUGCAUAGGUUGGUGGUGCAAGUGAAUGACAGUGGGCAGCCUUCCCAGUCCACCACGACUUUGGUGCAUGUGUUUGUCAAUGAAAGUGUUUCCAAUGCAACUGUGAUUGACUCCCAGAUAGCCAGAAGUUUGCACACCCCACUCACCCAGGAUAUAGCUGGUGACCCAAGUUAUGAAAUUAGCAAACAGAGACUCAGUAUUGUCAUUGGGGUGGUUGCUGGAAUUAUGACAGUGAUUCUAAUCAUCUUAAUUGUAGUGAUGGCAAGGUACUGCCGGUCCAAAAAUAAAAAUGGCUAUGAAGCUGGCAAAAAGGAUCACGAAGACUUUUUUACACCCCAGCAGCAUGACAAAUCUAAAAAGCCUAAAAAGGACAAGAAAAACAAAAAAUCUAAGCAGCCUCUCUACAGCAGCAUUGUCACUGUAGAAGCUUCUAAACCCAACGGACAGAGGUAUGAUAGUGUCAAUGAGAAGCUGUCAGACAGCCCAAGCAUGGGGCGAUACCGAUCCGUUAAUGGGGGGCCUGGCAGUCCUGACCUGGCCAGGCAUUACAAAUCUAGUUCUCCAUUGCCUACUGUCCAGCUUCACCCCCAGUCACCAACUGCAGGAAAAAAACACCAGGCCGUACAAGAUCUACCACCAGCCAACACAUUUGUGGGAGCAGGAGACAAUAUUUCAAUUGGAUCAGAUCACUGCUCUGAAUACAGCUGUCAAACCAAUAACAAGUACAGCAAACAGGGUCUAGAAAUUUUCAAAUCCAGCUUCUAUAGUUGCUCUUUGGCAGAAUCUAGAAGAUGUAUAUUGCAGAGUUGCUGUAUUUUUUUUUUUCUUCUGAAAAUCACAUCUUAGCAAAACUGAUGAUGUAGCCCAGGUUUCCAUAGUUCAGACCUUUGCUGUUCAAACAAAAGCCCUUGCUCUCAACUAAAUAAUGUGACUAGUUGAGCAGAAUGUGGAUCAUUGACAGCAUUGUUGAGAUUAAGUGUCCACCUUUCCUUUGCUUGUUAAACCUGGUUUUAGUGGUUGUUCAAGUUUUGUGACUUGGAAGUACCCUUGUGCUUUUGACUUGUAAAAUAAAGGCAGAGGCAUUCUAUUUUUCUACUUAUUUCUUAAUCUUCAGAGUUUUAUUGUGUGUUAAAUAUUUUUCAGUUUUCUUAAAGAAUACUAUAAUUCCGAAAGAUUAGUAAACAUAUAAAAUUAUAGUUACUACUUUGUUUAUUAUUUUUAGGUCCUGUUGAGUUUAUUCAUGCCAUGCUGUUAUUUAGAUAAUGCACUGGCAAGUAAAAAUUUUAUUGUAUUUAGUAAAUGGAAAGUAAAGUACUUUACUUUUGGCAAGAGUAGAGAAGAUACAGCUUGAAUAAACAUUAAUUUAAAAAUCCAUUUGUGGCUGAUGCAGAAAUACUCAAGAAAAAUUCAUAUUAAGUCCAGUGACAGUUUCCCUUGCCUUUGGAAAUGUGGAAUGUAGUCUGAAUAAUGUUCUCUUUAAUUGAUCAAAUUGUGUUCAAUAUAUUCAUUGUACACUUAGUAAAAAAUAUGGCAGAAAUUAUUUUUUAAAUUACUUCCAAUCUGGAAGCAAAUGGAUGACUUGCCAUCACCUAUUAGAGUUCUCAGCACUGAGAAAACUAUUUAUCAAUUUGUCUGUGUAUGUAUAUUACACCAUACAUACUAUAAUAGAAAUGCACCUGCAGAGUGAUGCCAGCCACAGCUUCUAGUUUCAAUUUGAUAAGCACAAUUUCUACAAUAUGGUUCUUCUGUAUAUAACCAAAACACUUUCAGGAGGUACAGUGCAGCUGCCUGUGGUGGAAUUUCUGUUACAUUUGGCCUGAUACAAUAGACAAGGGCUAAUAACUGAUGAAAGGUUAUGUCUUUAGUUGGGAGAUACCUACUAAAGCGACAUUACCUAGAUUUCUCGAUGUCUGUGAAGGAAAGGGUCAUCCAUUGAUUUGAUUUACCUUAAAUAUAUAAAUUUUUAUGAAGUCCAAGUAGAACAAUUUGAAACUUAUCUCAAACUUAUCCCAAGUUGCUUUGUAACCUAGACCUGAGACCACAAAGUCAAUUCAUAGGUUUUAAGUAAAUCAUGCAGCUGGAUAAAUACAGCAAAAUCAUUUUUUCUUGUUAUCUUCUAUUUUUGAGUAAUUACAUACCUUAUAUGUGAAAAGUGUACACCUGGUAUCUCUUUCGCUUUCUCUUUCUCUCCACACACACAAACACAUACAGAUAUAUUCAUAUAAACCAACUAUGGUGCCAUUAGACUUUUAUUUCAUUGCGAUAUUCAUACAUUAAUAUACGGAACUUAUUUGAACUUGAGACACAUGCAAAAGUGAAAGAAAAUAUAAUCAGCCAUUUAGUGUUUGUAUCUAAAAUCACUGGAGUCAUCACAUUUUGGAAUUAAAAGAUAUCAUCCAGACCAGUUCCUUCAUUUUGUAGGAAGAGGCUGAGGCUUUUCUCUGUCUGUACCUUUGGGGUGUGAAUUUGGUUUUCUGCUGGUUCCUUGACUGAUGGCAUGAAACUUAAGAAGUUGAGGCCUUUAUGAAAAAGUAACUUGGUUGAGAUCACAAGAUUAUUGAGGAGACAAUGUGGAUACAAGUCAUGGAAUACAGAGGACAGUGUUUUUGGUUUUUAUCAUACUACCUCUAGGAAUAAAAUUGAAUUUACAUAACUUUCUCUGUAUGUAUUUCAAUAGAGACAGAAAUCUGCUGAGCUCUACCUGUGUCUAUAUAACUAUAUAUUUGGCUAUGAAGACUGAUUUUCUUGUAAUAGAAAAGAAUUCUGUUUUAGGCUCUAGUUUUUAUCUGUAAAUUACUGGGGAAAUUAUAAUUCAAGUUUUGUAGACAGUCAAAAGAAAUUAAUGGUUCUUUUCCCCUAUGUAAAAUAGCAAUUGAUGACAUUCAUUGAAGUAACUUAACACUGUUUAGAACAUACAUGCAACAGGUUAAUUGACAGAAUUUUUAAUUUUAACAGAACCAUGACAACAGAUGUAAGCUCCUAUCUGGGAUUAGUACAUCCUCAACAAAAACAUAAUUUUAAUGGAAAUUAAUAGAAGAUUUCUAUACAGUGUGUAUGAAGUUUAUAUGCAUUCUAUUUGGGGUAAUCUUUUAACCUUUCUCAUCAAUAUGGAUGAGUCUAUUUGGCUUCUAUGCUCCUUUGCGUUUUGUCAGCUUUGCAGGUGUGCUCUACCUUCGAAGUAUCCUUAACACACAAUCGUGAACUAAUUUUUCCUCUACAUUUGUUUUCUAGCAAAUUUUGUUAAAUGUGACAUUUUUUAAUUUUUCAGGCUGAUUGCCUCCUUUGGUAGGCGGUUAACCAACUUAGUGUAUCAUAUUUUGAAUUUAUAUAGUGAUAAAAUGCUAAUGAUUGAGUUUAUUAAUUUCAAGAAUAAAAUUUGAACUGUUUUAAAAACUGAAAACAGUGUGACGACCGUUGCUUCGCCGUAGCCACCAAUGCUAUUAGAUAUUUUACCGUCUUUCGUUUCCUGGGAGAGAAUGGUGGUGGAGGUUAUGUUGGAAAUUAAGUAUAAUAAUUGUUUAGAGCUUUAUGUUUAAGCUGUAUAUAAGAAAUUUCUAGACUAUAGCAAGGUUCCCCAUCCAUUUAUUUACUGUGGCUCUAUAGAAAAAGUAAGAUCUGUCCAUAUAGAUCUUGAGUCAGCUUUACUUUUCUCUCUUAUUUAUUUUAAAAGCCCUUAGAAUCUUUUCUAAAGCAGGGACUCUGUUUCAGAACAUUACACAGUGCUUUAUUUAGCAUUAGUGUUGUGGGAGAAAUCACAUUCCAAGAAGAAUUGAGCUGAAACCACUAAAACUAAUCUUAAUUAUCACUUCUGGUGAAUUAAUGUUUUAAAGGCAGAAUAAAGGUUUAUUUUCAGGAAUUUGGUGAUGUUUGUAUUGAACUCUAAUGCUUGUGUACAAACAAAAAAACUAUUUAAGCUUCCGAGUAGGAUUCAUCUGACAAGUUAACUUAUAUCCCCCUGAGCAUUUUUAUUAUUUACAAACGGAUAAUUUGUAAAUAGAAAUUCUCUGCACACAG